AUGCUGGUUAAAGUCUCCGUCUGCCUCUUCCUCCUUCGCAUGGUCAAGCGAGCAAGUCGCACGAUUAAAUGGCUAGUAAUAUUCAACCUGGCCAUCAUCAUUCCUUUUACAUUUGCUAUAAUCGUCCUCGAAUUUGUUCUAUGCUCUCCACUCGAUGAAUACUGGAAUAAAGCUGUUCAUUCGAAACGCAUAUCGACGAGCACGAUUAAUAUUUUGCAUAAAGCUGCUUCGGGGAUCUAUGUUGGUACAGAUUUUAUGACUGCAUCAAUCCCACUUGCAAUCGUCUAUCGUCUCCAGAUGGAUCGGAGGCAGAAAUUUGUAAUUUGCAUGUUACUUGCGCUAGGGUUCUUUGUCGCAGGAGGCUCCAUCGGUAAAACCAUUUCUCUUCAGUUGACAUCCGAUGACUUCAGUUGGAACAACUUGGAGGUGUUCCUGUGGAGUGCGGUUGAGUAUACAGGUGGUAUUAUAGCAAGUUGUCUAGUUACCCUCAAACCGAUGUUCCAGUAUAUCCAUUCGCAUUGCUCCAACACCGAUACUACCGAACACGAUCAUACAUUGGGUCCUCUUCGAUCGAGUGCAAUGCACUGUACAAGGAGAGGGAGGACAAAUAGCAAGGAUGAGCUGCUGAGGAAUACCCCAGAUGGCUCCAUUCAGAUUAGGAAGACAAUUGAGGUGGAAAUUGCAUCCGGGACAAGGCAGCAUUGCUGUGAUGAACCCAGCAGAUAG